GGGCAAUCGACUGAUCAGGACCAAUAACUUGCUCAGUGGGUGGGCCGUCCUUAAUGCAAUUUACAUGUGAGGUUGGUGAAAGGCACUGUCAACCUUUUAUUGUCCCUGCAGCUGCCCUCUUCCUACUCUUUACAUAUAUACAUAUAUAUUCUUUAUUUUUCUCCUUUGCGCCCUUUCUGAUAUAUAUUUUACAUGUAUAAUUUAUUUUAUAAAUUGAAUAUCUAUGUAUAGGUUAAUGGGAUGAUUGAGAGAGAGAAUUUCAUAUUUAGGGUUAUAAGAAGAAGAAGAUGAUUCAAGGGGGAAGAGAGUAAAUAAUGAAGAAAAGUAUAGGGCCCGUCUUUUAUUAGAUAAAUAAAUAAAUGUAUAGCUUAAAAGAAAAAACCUAAACUCACGACACGCCCUCUUAUAAAUUACUCUCCUCAGUAAACUCAAUCUCAUAAUAUCACAGUUUCUUCUUCUCUCUCUUCCAAUUUCUUCUUUCUCUCUCUAAUUUACUUGUUGCUUUCUAACUUUUCUGUGUUUCUGAUUGAAGCUAGUAAGCAAGCAAGCAAAGUAGCUAGCAGGAAAUAUACAACAAUGGCGAAGAAGCCAAGAAUUGUGAUAAUUGGAGCAGGAAUGGCUGGUCUGACUGCAGCUAACAAGCUCUACACUUCUUGUACCUCAAGAGACUUGUUUGAGCUGUGUGUUGUUGAAGGUGGCUCGAGAAUUGGCGGCAGAAUCAACACAUCUGAAUUUUGUGGAGACAGGAUUGAGAUGGGUGCGACAUGGAUCCAUGGCAUUGGUGGUAGUCCAAUUCACAAGAUUGCUCAACAAAUCCAUGCCCUGGACUCUGACCAACCAUGGGAGUGCAUGGAUGGAUUCUCAGAGGUUCCUGUUAGGACUUUUGCCGAAGGUGGAUUCGAGUUAAAUCCAUCUUUCGUUGACCCUGUUUCCAAUCUUUUCAAGAAACUCAUGGAUUUUGCUCAAGGAAAGCUGGUUCAAAGGAGUGAAGAAGAUGAUGUUGAUUUCCACAGAGUUGCAGCCAAAGCUUCAAAGCUCUGUAACGGUAAUGAGUUUAGUAUUGGUUGUUUUCUUAGGCGAGGUCUUGAUGCUUAUUGGGGUUCUGUAGAAGGCCAAGAAGAGCUCCAAGGGUAUGGAAAUUGGAGCAGAAAGUUGCUUCAAGAAGCCAUUUUUAGCAUGCAUGAAAACACCCAGAGAACUUAUACUUCUGCCGGCGAUCUCAACACUCUGGAUUUUGAGGCAGAAAGUGAGUACCGUAUGUUUCCCGGUGAAGAAAUCACCAUUGCUAAAGGUUACUUGAGCAUAAUUGAAUCUCUAGCUUCUGUUUUACCACCUGGUUUAAUCCAACUGGACAGAAAAGUUUCCAGGAUUGUGUGGCAACCAGAGAGCGAAGAAGCAAAAGGAUUAAUGGAAAAUGGUUAUGACUUUAAACCAGUUAAACUGCAUUUCUACGAUGGGUCAAUCAUGUUAGCCGAUCAUGUUAUUGUGACAGUUUCUUUAGGUGUACUUAAAGCUGGAAUUAGUCAAGAAUCUGCAGGUAUGUUCAACCCUCCUCUUCCUUGUUUCAAGACUGAAGCAAUUUCAAGACUUGGGUAUGGCGUUGUUAACAAAUUGUUUCUGCAAAUGAGCCCAACCCAAGACAGGAAACUAGUAGAUCAAAGUACCAUCAACAAGUUCCCGUUCCUGCAAAUGGUUUUUCAACCUCAAGAUUCCAUAUUAAGGCAUAAACAAAUCCCUUGGUGGAUUAGGAGAACAGCUUUUAUAUCUCCGAUAUACAGCAACUCAAACGUGUUGCUCUCUUGGUUUGCAGGUAAAGAAGCACUUAAAAUAGAAUCAUUGAGUGACGAAGAGAUAAAAAAUGGCGUAUCGACAAUGUUGUCAAGAUUUUUGUCAUGUGAGGAAGUGAGAUCUGGUGGUUAUGAUAAUGGAUUAUGUAAUGGAAAUAGUAGCAGUAGUAGCAGUAGUAGUAGUAAUCGGAUGAGAAAUGGUUUAUCAGGUGAAAUGAAAUUUACAAAAGUGUUGAAGAGCAAAUGGGGUAGUGAUCCUUUGUUCUUGGGAUCAUACAGCUAUGUUGCAGUUGGCUCAAGUGGGGAUGACCUUGAUUUAAUGGCUGAACCAUUGCCAAGAAUUACAGAGAAUUCUAGGGUUACUUACCCACUUCAAAUUCUAUUUGCAGGGGAGGCUACACACAGAACCCACUAUUCUACAACUCAUGGAGCUUACUUUAGUGGUCUUAGAGAAGCUAAUAGGCUUCUUCAGCAUUAUAACUCUGUUGUUAAAUUUUAAAAUUUUUAGCACUUCUUUUCUUUUUUUCUUUUUUCCCAAUUCAACACUUAGCCUGAUCAUCACAAUCUUUCUCUCCAUUUUCCAUCUAAAA